AUGCUGCAAAAGCCAACCAGAAAAGGCUACAACAGUGCCAGGCUGGUAAUCAAAUUGAAGACCAAGAGAGGGAAUGUCAAGAAUGCAUUCAGAAUAAUUGCCAACACUGACAAGCAUGUCAUACCAGUCAGCACAGGACUGUGGGUCAUGAUGGAGAGGAGCCAACUGUGUCAGAGCACUGCUGACAUUUUGGGAUCAUUCAUGGCAGACCACUCAGUCAGCUGCCACAUGGCUUGGCAACCAGCAUUGUACAAAGGAGGGUGCAUAAUUGAAAGUGUAGCAGAGAGAAUUGCCAAUGGCAUUCAGACAGCAUGGAUCCAUUGCCAAGUGGCUGGAGCUGCAAGGUUGGCAGAUAUGGAAGGCUGGUGUGCCAGUGUCUACAACAUUAGCAAUGAGUAUUUUGAGAUAAAGCAUGAGGAUGACUCUCAUGGCAUGACCAAGUUGAUGCUGGGCUGGUGA